AAGAAAGAGAGAGAGAGAGAGAGAGAGAGAGGUGUCAUAAGGCACCUGUCUAUUUGGAUAGAGUUGCUAGGAAGAUCCUGCACUGGCUGGAUCAGUGAACCUUCCUCUGUUUAGUUUAUCCUCUUCUAACAUUUGUCUUUUGUGAAAGGGUACACAGCCUGAUCACAAGGCUUCUGGAACAGGAAUACAAAGGAAUGGCAGACUUUCCUGGGAAGGUGAACACUCAAACCAGCUCGCCUCAGCUUGAGACAGGUCCCACACACAUCAUGAAUGCAUCUAUUGACUUGAACUUCAUUAAGAGCGUGCCUGGGAUACUUUUGCUGGUGGAGAUUGUUUUUGGCUUGCUGGUGUGGGCACUUAUCUCCAGUGCUGCCUACUGGGCAGUGCCUGCCUAUGGCUGGGUGUUGUUUGUGAGCAUAACACUGUGGAUCCUCACCAUUGUGCUCUUCAUCAUGCUUACUUUCGAUAUGAGGCAAAAUGUGCCCUUCGUAUCCUGGCCUCUAGCACUGCUGGUGUUUUAUGCUGUUGCAUGUAUCCUAUAUUUCACAGCCUUUCUGGCAAAUGCAGUUUCAGUCACUGCAUUUAUAAAGGGUUAUCACUUUGAUCACAUGGCAGCAUCUGCGUUUUUUGGCAUUUUAGUGACAAUAGCUUAUGGUGCCAGCACUGCCUUCGCUUACAUGGAAUGGAAGGGUGAUGGAGGAAACGCAGCCAUGACUACCGUUCCUGUGUAGAGACAUGCCGUGUCUGUGCUUAUGGUCCGACAUGGGACUCACUGAAUUCUUACAGGGACCUGAAGGAUAUCAUGAUGAACUGUACUGGCACUGGAUAGAACGGUUGUUCUAUUACACAGCAAAAAUGAAAUCUUACCACAUCUCACACAAGUCACCACAUCUUCAAUAUAGUCAAAUAAAUCUAGCAUUUCCUAUUACAAGAUUAUAGUUAGCCUAAUAUCAUGCUUUUAUUCUAUUGAAAAGGGAUUUUAAAAAUGACUGUCAAUAGGACAAGCAAUUCUAAAGCUUGAAAUGUGUAAAGCAUCCAAAUCCAGGCUAUAAAUAUAAUUUCAAAAUUUUAUUUUAGAGAACUUUUUCUAUAUUGAAUAUGUUUUACUUGAUCAUAUUAUUUAUACAUAUAUUGUCUUUUGAAGUGUACAGUAGUGACGUUACUGUGACACAGAAGCUCCGAAGCUUGUAUCGAGCAGAAGGGGGCGUGUCCAAUUGAGGGCUCGCUUUGAGGCGCGUGUCAGGUCCCUGAGAGUCACGUGAUCAACGACCAACCGAGCCUCAAGUGACUGAAUCAUUAUAUUGGAGAUUUUUGUUUUUAAAUGGAUUAAUUCCGAUUAUUUUUGCAUUUCAUAAUGAAUUUUACAUGUACUUCUUA